AUGACGUUUGCCUGGUUUCAUAAGAAUGGUAACGCUUACCGACCUUCGAACCAUAAAUCGUCUUCAGAAGCGACCAUUCUUGAUCUGCUUAUAGUGGAGUCUGUAAAUGGUCAUCCUCAGUGCAUCGGUCUUGCUAACUGGCGGUUUUUCUUGUCCCUGCUUUUCUACGGCGCCUUGGGAACUUCAUUGGCCAGCUAUCUCAAUUUUCGUUUUCUACUGGGUGACUACUUUCUGCCCGCAGAUUGGUCCGCUUUAUAUCGCGUCUUUUGUAUCCUCGCACCCCCUGGUCUUCUGUGGACGAUUGGUCUGGCCACACUGUUUCAGACCGCAGUUUUCUUGCUCACUUCUUCAUGCUCACUUCUCGCCUGCCUCCUGUCUGGAUCUUUCGUCUAUUGUAUCAACCUCAUGCUGCACAAUCAGACAAUGUCCGAUCGAACUGCGCGGAGUAAAGCAUUGGCUGUGGACCCCGAUCAGCGCACCGCCGAGACACAAGCUGCUCUGGUGAACACAACUCCUGAAUUAUACGAUAUUGGACCGCGCGAGAACGUGAAGCAAUUUCUUGGCAUCUACUGGCCACUGGCCCUCUUCUUCCCGUUUUGUAACUCUCCGCUGACAGUCGAUGGGUUAUCAUUUCCCCGCUCAGACCAGACAAAGUUCCGAUGAGAAGGGACCAGGGACUUCCUUGUCUCCCAUAGGCUUACCACAGAAACGAAACCCCCAUAAUUUCCGUGCAGCAUAUCAUCUGUUUUACUUUCCUUUGGCCUUUGUCUCCAGUUUGCAUGGUUUGGCCACUAUUUCUUAUGGUACAUUAUCAUCAUUAUCGUUGUCAGCUGUAAGAACCGCU